GAAAAUCCACAUAUUUCUAAACGUCAAGGUCAAGUUGAUAGUAAAGUUGCCGGUAUUGACAGUAACUUUGAUGUGUGUUAUAUAAAAGUCAAGUUCUUGGGUGAAGAUGGCCUAUAUAAUAAGGAAGAAAG